GCGUAAGGAGGCCGCCGCCGCCGGCGUCCCUCCUCAGGCGUGGCGGGGGAGGAGCGGCCGCCCCGCGAUGUGGCAGAGGCCGGUGUGCGUGGGCCUCCUGGCCCUGGCGCUGGGCUACCUUUGCUUGCUGGGCCCCGAGCUCUCCUACUCGCCGCUGCGGCACCUCUCCGCCUCGCUGCUGGGGGGGCUGCGCGGCGCCCGCUCCCUGGAGGAACGGGUGGUGGCGGCCUGGCAGGCGGCCAUCGUCCGGCCGGCCCGCCGCUGGGCGCGCGUCGCCGUCGGGGUCAAUGCCUGCGUAGACGUGGUUCUGUCUGGCGUGAAGCUGUUAGAGGCGCUGGGUCUUGAACCUGGGGAUGGAAAAAAUCACGUAGUCUUGAGCUCCAGACAGGACCUGAAAGAAGCGUUCGCUCACUUCAUGGAAAAAGGGGCAGCUGCCGAGCGCUUCUUCAGCGACGCCGAGUCUUUCCAUCACAUUGCACAGACAGCCUCCGAGUACCCCGCUGCGCAGCUUUAUGUAGGAGGAAAUGCUGCUCUCAUUGGCCAGAAGCUUGCAGCACAUCCAGACCUGAAGAUCCUGCUUUGUGGCCCGGUUGGUCCUAAACUCCACGAACUACUUGAUGACAAUGUGGUUGUGCCGCCUGAAUCCAUGCAGGAAAGAGAUGAAUUCCAUCUUAUCUUGGAAUAUCAAGCAGGUGAAGAGUGGGGACGGGUGAGAGCACCCAACGCCAACCGCUUCAUCUUCUCCCAUGACCUAUCAAAUGGUGCAUUAAAUAUGCUGGAAGUGUUUGUGUCCAGCUUGGAUGAAUUUCAGCCAGAUCUGGUGGUACUUUCAGGGCUUCACAUGAUGGAAGGACAGAGCAAGGAGAUGCGGCAGAGACGGCUUAUGGAGGCUGUGGCCUCCAUCUCCGAUAUCCCUACGGACAUCCCCAUACACCUGGAGCUGGCCAGUAUGACCGAUCAAGACUUCAUGAGCAACAUUGUGCAUCAGCAGGUCUUUCCCCUGGUGAACUCCAUUGGGCUGAACGAGCAGGAGCUGCUCUUCCUCACGCAGUCCGCCUCCGGGCCCCACGCCUCCCUCCCUUCCUGGAGCGGCGUUCCCGACGUGGGCGUAGUCAGCGACAUCCUCUUCUGGAUCCUGAAGGAGCAUGGGAAGAUGGCGGAGCGGGCCUCCGACCUCACGCGCGUCCACUUCCACACCCUGGCCUAUCACAUCCUCGUCACGGUGGAUGGCUACUGGGGCAACCAGGUGGCUGCAGUGGCUGCCGGGGCCAGAGCCGCGGGGACUCAGGCCUGCGCCACCCAAACCAUCGACACCCACAAAGUCUUUCUGAAAGCUCCUCUGGAGUUUGUGACCUCCCAGAUAGAGGCACCUUCCCCGAUCUCUUUGGAUCCGGACGAGCCGGUGGUGCACUGGCACAGAGAAGGCAUCUCCUUCCAUUUCACUCCCGUUUUGGUGUGUAAAGAUCCUGUCCGGACCGUGGGACUCGGGGACGCUAUUUCAGCAGAAGGACUGCUAUACUCAGAGAUAUAUCCUCAGUAGAAGACUAAGACCCUCCUUUUUCUCCGGUGUCUGAGGAAUCAUCGUGUUCUUUUUAGGAUUUCAGCCCGGGAUGGUAUAGGAACAGAACUGGGGUGUGGGGUGUUUUCUGGAUAUAACUGAAAAAGAGCCAAAGAAUAAUUCCAGGUAUAAACUGUCAGAUACAUUCCAGUCACUUGGCAGUGACUCGAAGGCGUCGCGUUUAGGUGCAGAUGUUUUAGUAUUUAAUGUGAAAACUGAUUUUUGCUUUGUCUUAAGCAUGUGGGGAGGGAAACAAACAUCAAACUCCCUGUUUGGUGCAGGUUUGGUGUCUGUAACCCUGAAGGGGUCUGGUCUGUCAGCGCUGGGAAGCGCAGCAGCCAGGAGAGUUCCUGUGCGUGGAUCCCAGGGAGAGCACAGCACUGCUCAGCCCUGUCCUGCCUCUGAUAAAUUAAAAAUAAAAGGCUCUUGCAUUAUC